CUCCCAGCCCCCAGCAUGCUCCCAGUAUGUAUGUAUGUACACACACAUAUAGACACUGUACAAGCACACGAUAGCAUCGCAUAGACAAAAAACAAACAAAACUCACAAAUGGCGACGUACAAUAUACAUGUUGUUAUUCAGCAUGCAUGAAUUGGAUAAAGCGGACAGAUAUUGCCUGUCGAAUCAAUUCGUGAACUGAUAUUUGGGAAAGAGAUUUAUCAGUUCACCAAUAGCAAUCAUGAGCAUCGUAAUAUCACCCAAAGUUUCAAAGGACCUCUACGAAGCAGCCCGAGUGGGGGAUGUUCUGGAAAUACGAAGACUCUUACAAGAUUUAACGUUCCAGGAAGCAAGGAGAGUUCUAGAACACAGUUCCAUCGUGGUCGAACCGGUACUCAACAUCGCUGUUCAUUUCAAACACGAGAAUGUAGUCCGUGAUCUUGUGGAAUACUUCGGGGUCACUGUCGACGCGAAGUCGGAUGAGGAGUCGUCACCUUUGAUGCAGAGUGUUCUUGGUGGCAAUGUGGGCAUUCUUCGAAUCAUAAGCAAGAAGCUGAAAUAUCCCGACCGAGGGUAUCCCAUACAUCGGGUGUGUGGAGGAGAAACACCGAAUGGCCUACAGGUCCUGAAGAUUCUUAUACACAUUGGAGCCAACAUCAAUCUGAAGAACCACAAAGGUCUUACUCCUUUGAUGAUUGUUUGUCAGAAGAGAAAUUCACAGACACAGGACAUGGUCAAGAUUCUCUUGCAGGGUGGGGCAAUGGUAAACAUUUCAUCGCCUGAUGGCAACACCGCUCUUCAUUUUGCUAUUCAACAAACGGAUGAAAUGUUGAAGGAGUUGGCUUGGGACAGACUGAAUGUGUUGAAGUGGUUGGUGAAAGCGGGAGCAAAGCUGAAGCCGAAUAACCUUGGUCUCACACCCCUUCACCUUGCUUGCAUCAAAGGCAAUGCUGAAACCCUAACGUUCCUUUCAAAUAGCUUUUCUGUAGAUGAAGCCGAGUUGGCUGACUACCAUGAACUAUUAGCAUCUUCUCUGUACUUCAAUAAAAUCAAACGUGAUGGGAAAUUCUCUAUCAUAUGCAAACUAAACGAGACCCAUUACAAGGCCUUUAAGCACUUGGAGAUUGGCAUGAAAUUGCGAACGUCACACGAGACGCCAUUGUGGAAGUUCACCAACCAGAUACGAGAGGAGGGGCUUCUCUACCACGUCGAGACACAGACCUUUGAAGAAUUACAUGCUCUUAAGAAUCACGGGGAAGGUCUUCUUGUGGAGUUGAUUCUGGCCAGACAAAGGGUUCUUCCCUCAAAGGCAUAUGAGGAUCACCUGAUGCCCUUGAUCAUUGAGUAUUACUUAUACUUGAAGAACAAACAUCACUACAGUCAAGCAAUAUCGCUAUUGACGCACAAGAUGCGCCUGCAGCUUCAGUUAACACAAAGAAAGUUUGAGCACACCAUUAUCUUUCUUCUAGGAUUGUUCCGAUCUUAUAGACAUAGUUCACAAUGGGCCCGGAAAGAUGAUCAGAAAAUUGCAGAGGCAGUCAUAACUUUCAUUGAGGAAUGUUAUGAAAGCGAGCCAUCAGAGAAACGAUUUCUUUUGCGUUGGUUGUAUCUCACACAAAUGCACCUGCUAUAUCUAUGCCUCUGUAACCCGUCCAUUGGAUCUUCAGAUAUAGAAAAUAUUCGUGGAUUAACCAAGAGGUUUCUAUCUGUCACAAGAGCCAUCAAAAAGUCAGUACUAGCCACCUAUGAUCACUGUGAGGAUGCAUACCUGUUUGGAUCGUGUACAAGCGAACCCUUUCGAGCAGUGGUAGGAGACAAUUCCCUUCAUGUUGCUUGCAGACACAUCCCAAAAGAUGAAUCCAACUCAAAUGACGACAGGAACUGUACUUGCAGCUUUGACCACCCAACACGUCUUUCGGCACUCCUUGAAAUACUACAUUCAUGCGGUGAGGAUAUCAAUGCCAUAAACUCUGAAGGCAAAACACCAUUGAAGGUACUCUUGGAUAGGCACUCGACAGCCAUGACGGUAGAAUGUCGGCUGGCAGUUCAGACGCUUCUGAUUGAGGGCGCCGAUCCUGACGUGAAAGACAAGCUAGAACAGACCGCUCUCAAUUCUAUUCUCGCUGGCUACCUGUCUCCAAGCUGUGACAUCACUUGCCACAUUGAACUGAAAACUGUCCUGAUACUGCUUCUCAAGAGUGGUGCAGAUCCUAACGCUCAGGAUAAAAGAGGGUAUACCCUUCUUCACCACUUAAUGGAGAUCUACAACCAAGGAAUAGGACAGAGUAUCCAGAGUAGCCAUCAGACAGCCGGCGAUAACAACGGAUUCCCUUUUCAAGAAUUUGUAGAGAUUCUCCAAAGCUUCGGAGGUUCGGCGGAUCUCUUUACUCAGAAUGGCAGAUCUGCCCUUGACAUGUGCAAAGAUGAAGCCGUAGAAAACCAGAUGAGAUCAAAACUUCUUGACGCCAAGAGAAAUUGGAUGACUCUAGCACGAAUUGCCGGUAGAACGAUUCGGUUGCAGAAGGUUCCCUAUCGCCAGGUAGCUCCAACAACCCUCGUUCACGUCAUAGAAUUGAAGACAUGACGUUUCCGGACACAGCAAUAAUUAUGUGCUCUCGAAUGCAAGUGCAAAUAUGAAAAGUAUAAUGGAAGACAUUGUUGUUCUGAAUUAUGAAGUAUAGCGGUGAAGUCAAAUUGAAUAGGUGAAAUGGAUGCUGAGAAACAAUGAUAAGAUAUCUUUGAAAGACAAUUUCUUGAUGCAUGUGCAAUAUACCCUAUUAUGAUUUAGAUUAAUGAUUGUUGAGCAAUCGCAUUCAUGUUUUUACCAUUAUGAAUUGAAAAGUGGAACAUUUAAAAAGGAAUAGAAAGAAGUAAUGGCAGAGAGAUGGGGAUGGAGGAAAGGGCGGCUCACGCGAGGGAAAGCUGGUUAUGAAAUGAUGUGAUAAAACUCUUGUCCUUACCUUUACGCAUGUGCACCCAAAUGAAUGUGAAAUCUCGUCAUCAUAACCUAGCAUUAACUUAAGGGGAAAAAAUCAACAACGUUGAUUAGGCCUACUCGUGACCAUCAUAACGGAUGCCGGAUGGAUGAUUCAAUCACUGGAUCCAGGGAGGGGGGGGGGGCACAGCCGGCCCGUGCCCCCCUUUGAGAGGCACAAUUAAAAUUUGUAAUGUAAAAAU